AAAUACAAAAGGCCAGCUUGAAAGCCCAGCCUGUUAGAGCCUUCAAGAUUCAAGUCUAUAAGAAAUUCCUGAAGGAUCACUGGGAGAAUCUGCUAUCGGAAAAACAACUGAAGGCUACGGACUUUAAAAUUUAUGUUCUUGAGAUGGGUUUUGGUGAAGUGGGCAAAGAGCCUAUUGAUAAUGUUCAUUUCUACAGCAAGAGUGACCUAAAGACAGCAUUCAAGAUGAAGAAGUACCAGGUCUCCAGCCUCAAGCCAGAGAAGUUUCAUGAAUUUCUUGUUAGGGUCUAUUAUGAUCCAGCGGAUCAGAAGCAUCAGAGGGAGGUCCAGCAGAAAGCUGAGAAGUGCUUUCAUGAGUGGUGCAAAAAUCCAGAGAACACAUUCAUUGAUUGCGGUAAUUCUGAUUCAGGCAAAGAAGAUGAUGAUGAUGAUGAUGAUGAUGAUGAAGACGAAGAAGAGCAGGAGAAUGAGAAAACUUCUUCAAGCAAGAUCUUCAACGACCCCAUUCAUGGACACAUUGAGCUGCCUCAUCUGCUGGUGAAGAUCAUUGAUACUCCUCAGUUUCAGAGACUCCGACACAUCAAACAGCUGGGAGGAGCAUAUCUGGUGUAUCCUGGAGCCACUCAUACUCGCUUCGAACACUCUCUGGGGAUGGCACAUUUAGCAGGAUCUCUGCUCAAAGUUCUGAGAGAGAAACAAGAUAAGUGCAUCGAAAAGAUAGAGAAGGAUAUUAACAAGCUUAAGGAGCUAAAAAAGAAACAGGAGGAGCUAAAAAAGAAACCGGAGAAGCUAAAAAAGAAAGAGGAGGAGCUAAAAGAGAAGAAGAAAGAGCUCAUUACUGAACAAGAAAUGCUGUGUGUUCAAAUUGCUGCUCUGUGCUAUAAUUUAGGUCAUGGUCCAUUCUCUCAUCUGUUUGAGAAAUUCAUCCAUAAAGCCUGGCCUGCUGCUGCCGGUGGCAGUGGAGAUGACCAACAACCGGGUCCAUCAGAAGAGAAGAAAAAGAAAGAAAAAGAAGAGAAAGAAAGAGCCUCAGAUGAUAAGUGGAAGGUAGCCUCAAUCUGGAUUUUUCUGGACAUAGUAAGGAAUGAAGGACUAAACACAGAGCUGACAAACAAGGAUCUCACCUUUAUUCAGAUGCUAAUUGAGGGGGAUUAUAAAGCAGCUCAAGAGAACAAGUCUUUCCUGUAUGAGAUUGUGGCAAAUAAUUGGAAUGGCAUUGACGUGCGAAGAUGGGACUAUUUUGCACGAGACUGUCAUUAUCUCGGCAUUUCUAACAGCUUUGACCAUCAGCGCAUGCUGAAAUCUGCUCAAGUCUGUAAAGUCAACGGGACGAAUCACAUCUGCUUCAGAGACAAGGUGGCAGAUAAUAUUUAUGACAUGUUUCACACCCGCUACACUCUAUAUCAGCAGGCCUACCAGCACAAGAUAGUCAACAUCACUGAAAACAAAAUCAUAAAAGCGCUCUUAGAAGCUAAAGACGUGCUUGAGAUCUCACCGAUUUCACCGGUUUCACCAGAUGAUAUCAAGCAGAAGAUCAAAAAUAUUACAAGCAGUUCACGAAAACGCAAGAUGCCAUCAUCUGAAGAUGAAAAGUCUGCAAAGUUCAUUAAACUGACAGAUCACAUCUUUGAGAAGAUCUUGUACUCCAGUGAUGACAAGCUGAAAGAUGCCCGAAAAGAGCUUGAAGAUGUUGUGAUGCGACGCCUGCAGAAGUGUGUGGGAGAGACUCGACUAAAAGAAAUUGAAGAGAAAGAAGCCUUCAAGGAUAACUGGAAUAAAGCAGUGGACGAGUGGAACAAACUUCACCCAACUGUGUUCUUGGAUAAGAAGGAUUUCAGCACUGAAGUGAUUCCACUGGAUUAUAAUAAGGAGGAUGAAAAGGAGGUUGACCCUAUCGACCAUGUCUAUUUCUACAGAAAGAAGCAGCACAAUAAAGGCCGCAAGAUUAGGAAAUAUGAGGUACUCAUACCACUGUGCUGCUCAAGCAACUGUCCAUCAUUGGACCGCUGCAGUAUAACAGAGGUUCGCUCCUGUAAGGUGAUCCGAGGUGUCUGGAAGCUCUGGAAGGGUCGUGACAGUGGAGAUGAUUACCUACUGAAGGAGGGAGAGUAUCCCAAUCUUAAGGCAUUGAGCGAUGGCAAAUCCACUGCUUCUGCUCCUGCUCCCGUUCCUGAUCCUGCUUGGUCUCUUGAAUGUCUGCCAUUUACGAUCCAGCUCUAUGAAAAGGUGAAUUUUAAAAGUCCAAACUUUGAGACAACAGUUGACUGUCCUUCAUUGAACAGCUGUGGUAUAAAUGAGGUCCGCUCCUGUAAGGUGCUCAGUGGUGUCUGGGAUCUCUAUGAGGGUCCUGACUAUGCUGAACCCAGUUACCAACUGAAGGAGGGGGAGUAUCCCAAUCCUGAGGCUUGGGGCAAUGGCAACACUGCUCCUGCUCUGUCUGUGAAACGUGUGACAUCUUAUAAGAUCCAGCUCUAUGAAAAGGAAGAUUUUGAAGAGCGAAUGCAUGAGACAACAGUUGACCAUCGUUCAUUGGAUGACUGUGGUAUAAAUGAGGUCCGCUCCUGUAAGGUGCUCAGUGGUGUCUGGGAUCUCUAUGAGGGUCGUGACUAUGCUGAACCCAGUUACCAACUGAAGGAGGGGGAGUAUCCCAAUCCUGAGGCGUGGUGUGCCAGUGACCCCACUGCUCCUGCUCUGUCUGUGAAACGUGUGACAGAGUAA